AUGGCAGAAAAAGCAGCGCCUUCACGGGCAAAGCAAAGUUGGCAAGAUCUGAAGAAAAAUGUAAAAGCAAAGAAUUCUAGGAUGAAUCAGUACACUCAGGGAACGGGGGGCGGUCCACUGACGGAUGAGGAGUUUAAUCACACUGAAAUGGAAAUACUGGGUAUGUUGGUGCCGACGAUCUUGAGUGGUAUACACGACCUUGAAUCGGAUGCUACGUUCGAGGAAGGUGAGAUUGAAGAGAUCCUUAUAAAAUUGCAACUUGAUAAAACCGUGGCAGUGGAGGAAGACAAUGAAGAUGACACCGUGGUCGUUGGAAAAAGCAAAAACAAAGCUGUGGAGCCAACGGCUGAGCAAAUUAGGUAUUCGGAGAGGGAAAAUAAGAAUGUGCCUUCGCCCAAAGCUGAUAAUCCACGAUUGGGUCCUAAACCCCCGACAAAAAACAUCAGCCAGACUACAAAGUUCUUUGACUAUGAGCAAAUAACUUCUGUCAACCGUAAAGAACUUCUGUCAAUCUAUGCGACAGAAGCUUAUCGAGCAAAGAAGCUGAAGCUGUUGGAAAAGCAGCUCGUUGUGCAGGAAGCCAUUCGGGUUCACUUAAAAAAAUUGAAGGACUACUUUCAACAAAAUUCCUACUAG